GUCCUGAAGAGGGAGCCGUUGUCAGCAUCCGUCCAAGCUCAGCAUCACUUUCAGUCCAUCAUCCUGCACCUCAGUCGGUACUUUUGGUAAAACAGAAGUGUCCUGGUUGCGUUUGCGAUGCAGGGGACCUUGGGUGCAGCGGGGAUCUCUCGGUAUAUCAUUUGGAGGAGGCGGUAAACGUUCCGUCCCGUGAUAUAAGUGGCUGCUGAUGCUAAGGUCAUGCUAGCUAAGGGAUUUACUUGACGUGAACGCAUCCCACUGUUCUCCAUUUGUGCUAACUGAUGCCUUUUGGAUCUAAAUAUGUUGUAAAAAAGACUUGAACAAUCUGCAUAAAGAAGCUCUUUGUGUUAGUUUGUCAUUUUUGACCCCAACCUUUCUGGAAAAGCCCCCCUGACCAGGCAGGGAAGAAGCCUCACACCCACAUGGGCAGUGUUUUGGCUUUGUCGUCCAGUCCCGGCCAUCAGAACUGGCCUUUCUCCACAGAACCCCCCCUGUCCCGCUGGGACACACAUCCGGCUCACUGGGACAGUCCACCCCGCUGGGAGAGGAAAGAUGGACGCCUCCCCAACCCUGGCAGCUUCCACUCCCUCCACAGGAGUUGCAAAGAUGUGUUUCCCCAUCAGAUUGAAGGUGUUAAGAUGAUCAUCAACAAAACCUUAAGCAGCUUCUUUAAGGUGAGCCACAGUGUCCACCUCAGCGCCGUCAGUCCUUCCUACUAUCGCUUCCACGUGGAGCACUUGCAGUCGGAUGACUACAGCAAGGACAAGGAGGCGCCGGCACUGAUCGGUGAGAUGGACUCUUCGGGGAGUCUGAACGCUCACGCUCUGUUGCACCUUACAGAGCGGGUUCGAGCCCGAACUGUGUUUCAGACUCAGCAGUCCCAGUUUGUGACCUGGCAGUUUGAAACGGAGUACAGAGGCAGCGACUUCACGGCUGCCGUGACCGUGGCCAACCCAGACAUCCUCAGGGAGUCAGUCAUUCUUGUGGCACACUUUCUACAGAGCGUAUCCUCUGGACUUGUACUUGGCGGUGAGCUGGUCUACCAUCGAGGCCGAGCAGAGGAAGGAGGAAUUUUAACUCUGGCUGGACAAUAUUCAAGACCAAACUGGGUUGCGACGCUCAACGCCGGUAAAGGAGGGGCGCACGCCAGCUACUAUCACCGAGCCAACAAGCAGAUCCAAGUCGGGGUGGAGUUUGAAGCCAGUACCAGGACACAGGAAACCACCACCUCAUUCGGGUACCAAAUGGAACUGCCCGAGGCCAACAUGGUCUUCAGAGGUAUGAUAAACAGUCGCUGCAUUAUAGGGGGAGUACUGGAGAAGCGUUUGUCACCACUGCCAGCCACCGUCAUCAUGGGGGCUUUUGUAAAUCAUCGAGGCGACAAGCUGCAGGUGGGCCUCGGCGUCACCGUGGGAUAAACAUCCAUUAACCCAACAAAGACUUCCCAGAACAUUUCUAGUUUAACUCAGUGCAUCUCACCUACUGACCUACCUCUGACCAUGGAUGUCUGGAAGACAGAGGAGUGCUCCUGAAACUAGAACCCUCUGCUCGUAUGUUGGAUGGCGUCUGUACUACAAACUGACUGGAAACACCUUUGUACUCCAGGUUGUUAUGGAAAAGGAAUUCUGAAAGGUCUAAAAAGCUUUUUGGGAAAGUAACACACUAACGAAGAUGGAAAUCGUUUAUUGUUCUGAUACAAAGUUUCUGUUGAUGAUGAUGAUAAAAAAAAUGUAAACAGUAAAAAUAUUUUUGCUCAAUGGAACAAAACAGCAGAACUAGACUGUUGGUACAGUCUAAGAUUUUAAUAACCUUAUUUAAAAGAACUAAAAAAAAUGAGGCACAUUUAGAUUUCAAAAUAAAAGAAGCUGUUUUACAUAAAACCAACCUGUGUGCAGCUUCUUCCAUUCCUCCAUUUGUGUCCGUAUUUAACCCCUGAAAUGUGUGUCACUGAGAAAAGUGGGCUUGAAUGUAAAGAGAAAACCUGUUUAAAAUUAACUUUAUUAAAUAUGUUCUAUUAAACAA